UUGUAGUAUAAAGAACGCUGAACGCGCGCAGCCAACCAGACAUAUAAUUUUGUGCAUGUACAUGGAAUGGAUUAAUUGUUGGAUGGGGCAGAGCAGUUGAUUGCACGCGUAAACAAUGCCCCAAACGUAGUUUCGCGAGGACGCACAUACAACGAUUUGCAAAAUUCACAAAGCGAAUACAAAUUAUAUCGAACAAAUCAAUUUGGUCCAAGCCAACGAACGGCCUUGCAUUUUUCGAAAGACCUGUCAAUUGAAGCCAUGGAAAAGUCAUUUUCGAUAACGCCCUGGAAGUAUGGAUUGUUCACAACAUGCGCCUUCCUUGUGGUAUGUAAUAUUUUCUUCCUUUCCUGUGGUGUUGUCACCUGGGGCUCAGGCAUGGCGGUGCACGGCGGCUAUGGUGUAGCUCUAUGUGGCGCAGCAAUUUUCGGUGCGGCUUUUCUGGGUAUCUAUGUGGCCCUUAAGGAAUCCUAUAAGUACUCCAUACAUUAUUUAAUAAGCACCGGACUUGUAGCUGUCUUGCUGGUGGUUUACUUUUUUACCUACAUGUCCAUGAAGGGAAAAUUGGUGCAUCAGUUCGAAGGGCGCAUUAAAGACCUCUUUGAGCGUGCAACGGAUCGGGACGAUACAAUGCGACCUAUACACGCGCUUUUUGCCUGCUGUGGCGUGAAUGGACCGCAGGACUAUACGGGCGAACAGAAUGGUGCUCUGCCAGCCAGUUGCUGUUAUGCCUUUGACUGCACCGUGGAGGCGAACCUGUAUACGCAAGGUUGCUCCACCAAGGCCGUAAAUAAUGUGAAAAUACAGUCCGAAGUGAAUUAUUACAUGACCAUAGUGAUCUUUUUGUUAGAACUACUGGGUCUGUUUGCUGGAUACUUUAUGGGAAAAGCACGCAAGAUGAUGAAGCUUAAGGAGGAUGAGGCGCCCAUCAACGAGGACUAGACAGUGUUAUCACCUAACAAGGCGUACAUUAAUAAACUAUUAACGUAGUCGUUAAUUAAUAAAGGCAUGACUAGCAUAAUUUAGUAAUAAAUUACGAAAUAUACAAAUUGAUUAAUUAAAUUAGUUGAUUUGCCAAUUAAAUAAAUAAAUACAUCAUACAUACAAUGCA